AUGGCUUCUUCUUCUCAACAUACUUCACUUCCUACCUCUUCUACUMAAGCUCCAAAUGCCACAAGCAUUCCYUUUCCACCAUUGGAGAACUUCCAACACCACAUGGKUUCAGAUUCUAGGCUAGCUGCUGUUAGGGGAGGAAACCCGCUUCAAACAUUUGAAUGUCCUCCAUCCCAAGCUCCUACACAACAUCCUAUAAUGAGCCCACAUGGUUAUGUUAAUUUUCAGCAACUACCCACCCUUAAUAUACCUCAAAACAGUGAGUUUAGGGCUGAAAAUCCUCAACAACUUCCUCCAAUGAUCAAUCCGGGUAUGUACCAACCGUUUAUGUUUAACCCGGUUCCUUCCUAUCAUUUUCCCUUGUCCCAAAUGCAAAUUCCAGCUAGUGUUCAUCCUUAUGGAAUGCCAAACCCAUCUACUCUAUUUCCUAGCCUUCCACCUUAUUAUGGAAUGGGUCAUUGGAUACCUCCACAAAAUUAUGGGAUGAUUUCACCUAAGGUUCCCCCACCACCUCAACUUCCAUUCCUAGAAAGAGGACCUCAAGCACCACAAUUGGACCCUAACAUAUUGAGUACCUACAACAUGGGACAACUAAAACCCUUAGAGCCUCCUAGGAUGCCAACCCCAACCAAUAUGCCAAUGGAUGCAGGAGAUGAGCAUGGAGGAGAGCAAGAGAAGUGCCAUAGCCACAGGCUAGAACCCGGGGUUUCGAUAGGGCAAAAGAGGAAGGGCAAGGAGGUGAUGACAGACCCAGAAAUUGAGGAAGAUGGGAGUAGUAGACGUCUGACGCCUAAGGAUUCGACUAUGGAGAACAGGGACGAGGAGCAGUUUUAUUCAUCUUCAUUUAUUAUUACACCGGAAGAUGGUAAUGAUGAUUUUCUACUGGUUUCACGAGGCCAUUGUUCAAAUAUGCCGGAAACAGAGGAUACCGAGAACGAAGUGGUGAGAACAGAUACUCAGGAACCUUCCCCAUUGGAUACACCUACAGAAGGAGCGUUUUGUAGUCACCAAGAGUUGCCUACUGGGGCAACUGGAUCUACUCCGUUGGCAACGGAUGAGUAUGUCACACCGAUGGCCACUCUACCAGGGGUAAGGGAUGCUCACACUAUUCCUUCUAAUACAGUUAACCCGCUUGGGUGUGAUACAGGUAGAUCCAAGGUUGGGGAGAAUAGUACUCAAGAACCUACCAGCGAAGAAGAUCCUGAGGACACGCAGACAAUAAGGAAAAUGUUCCAAUACAAGAGGCGGGAGAAAAAAGUGUUCAAAACGUCGUGCAGUUCAGGCUAA